AUGAAAUUUGGGUUGGAGCUCAUUUUUCUGCUCAUAAUCUUGGUUGGGGCGGCAACUCAUCUGGUGCUACUAAGUUGCUCAUUGUCAUCAUAUGGCGGCCUCGUUGAGCGUUCCACCAGCCGAGCUUUUGUGUUUAUUUUGUCUAAUACCAUUAUAAGCUCCAUUCUUGUCAAAAGUUAUAGGCCAUCUGCAGAAUACUACACCGAAUUCUUGCCUUGUGGAGACUUUUAUGACCAAGCAGAAGAAAAACAAAGUGAAGAGAUGAUCCGUGAUGAUAUCGAAAGCAGCUCUGCUAGCAGCAGCGAUGGUGAUGAUGAUGAAGAAGAAAAAGAAGAAGAUGAUGAUGACGAUGAUAGCGACAGUAAUGAUGAAAUUGGUUGGGGUAAUGAUGAUGAAGAAUAUGAUGAAACUUUAGAGACUAGAAUUGAGGCUUUCAUAGCCAAAGUCAUCAGUGGCUGGAAAGAAGAGCUAUUAGCAGACAAGCUCGACUGCAAACAAGUGCACUAGAU